GCAUGCUCUGUGUGAAGAAUUCCGAGCGUGGCUUUCUGCUGUGACCCAGAUUGAGCUGGAGCCAACUAUUGACAUCUCCUGCGCUAAAUACAAAUAUACCGAUGUCUUGCUGUGCCAUGACGAUGAGCUGGAAGGUCGGAGAAUUGCUUUCAUCCUGUACCUCGUCCCACCCUGGGAGAAAAGCGACGGGGGCACGCUGGACCUGUACAGCACAGAUGAACACUUUCAGCCACAGCAAAUCGUCAAGUCAUUAGUGCCUUCGUGGAACACGCUGGUUUGCUUUGAAGUGUCUCCAGUCUCUUUCCACCAGGUGUCAGAAGUUCUGUCUGCGGAGAAGUGCCGGUUGUCAGUGAGCGGCUGGUUUCACGGCCCAGCAGUAGUCAGACCUGCGCGCCACGUGGAAGCUCCCUUGCCCAGGACCCCGCACAUCCCCUAUGAUCAUGAAAUCUUGUAUGAGUGGCUCAAUCUAGUUUAUUUGGACAUGGACUCCCAAGCUCAAAUCCAGGAGGAAUUUGAGGAGCGAUCAGAAAUUCUCCUGAAGGAUUUUCUUAAGAAAGAGAAAUACCAGCUACUCUGUGAAGCUUUGGAGAGCAAAGACAUCCAGUGGAGUAGCCGGGGGCCUGCCAAUAAAAGACUCUACGAGACAGCAGAGGAAGACAGCCUCCCCGACAUCCUGAAGCAAUUCCUGCAGUUCUUACGCUCCGAGGCCUUGUUUUUACUGCUUUCCAACUUCACUGGCCUAAAGCUGCACUUCCUGGCUCCCUCUGAUGAGGAUGAAGGUGCUGAGGAAGGAGGAGCAGCAGACGUUGCUGGGCACAGCAGUCUCAAACCUGAGCAGGAAGAGACUGAACAGCACGCUGAUAGCAGUCCGCAUCCGCCAGACCAGCCUGACAACAACCCUGGAGCACGAGACAGCGACAGGCAGAAUGGUAGCCCGGUGUGCGCGGGGGAGCUGAGGCGCUGGACCCACGGGCACUAUACUCUAGUCCAUGACACUCAAGCAACAGAAUUUGCUCUCGACCUGCUCUUCUUCUGCGGCUGUGAGGCCUGGGAUGCAGAAUACGGUGGCUUUACGUCCUACAUCGCUAAAGGGGAAGAUGAGGAGCUGUUGACAGUGAAUCCAGAGGACAACUGCUUGGCCUUAGUUUAUAGAGACAAAGAAACCAUGAAGUUCGUGAAAUACAUCAAUCAUCGUAGCUUGGCACGCCUGAAAAAUCAUCCCAGCAGAACAGGCUUUUGGGAUUUUUCCUUUGUCUAUUACGAGUGA